AUGAAGCCAGGAAAACGGCAUAUUCAAUAUUCUGAUGAGUUCAAUCUAACAGGUUCCCUUCCAGCAGCAAUACUGGAGGAGUCUUUCACUUGGACAUGCGCUAUGUUUUUACCACCAAGAGAGGUGACACAUGCUGUUUCUUUUUCAAGGAAUAACACAAGGAUUGGUUCUAUAGGUUACAUGAACGGAAAAUGUUUAACUGCAGAUCUCAAUCCAAGGUACAUUUACCUUUGUGAAUCUGAGAACGUGUUUUCUUUGGUCAUUCCCUCCGAGAAUAUGACAGAGUAUGAGGCAAACACGACUUGGAGAUGUCAACAUUUUAGUAAUGGAUUUUUCAAAAGUCCAGAAGUCAUGCUUAAAAUUGGAGUUUUCGUCCAGAACGUCACAAUUAUACCAGUGGAUAGUCCUCUUACGCUGAGAGAAGAAACAAAACUUACAGUCACGUGUUCUGUCAAUAACAACGCGUAUCCUCCUCCUACUAUACAGUGGUAUAUCGGGGAUACAUUGGUCAACAUGACAGGAAGAAAUGUGGAACUAAUAGCUGACAGAGACAUUGAUGGAAAAGUGUUACUCUGCAUCGCCACCAAUAACAACAAAUCACUCAGUGCAUCAACAGUCUUAAAUAUUCUGUAUAAACCUAUCAUAAAUAUUGCCCCAUCCCCAUUACUUACCGUUAACCUUGGGGAAACAGUAUCAGUCAACUGUGUAGUGGUGAAGUCUAACCCUACAAAAAUACUUGAAUACGCAUGGUCAAUACUGGGACAGGAAAGGAUCAUUGGUAGAGAAUCUGACCUCACCAUCUUUGAUGCUUCUUUAAAAGACAAUGGGACUUUUCAAUGUAGCGCCAGGAACAGUGUUGGGACGUCUAAACUAUCAUUUGUAACAGUGAUUGUUCGCAUGGUACCUCCGCGGCCACAGUAUGUCAAAGCUCUUUGCUGUGAUACACAUGCUGACAUUGUAUGGGUGACAUUACUAUCUGGGCACGUAGAACAAAAAUCGUUUAUACAGUUCAGGGAAUCACAUAGUACGUUCUCCAAUACAACAACUGGUUUGAUCUCUACACAGAAGAAAGGACUCUACACAGCCAGAGUGAAUGAUUUACUCGACAAUAUAUACAUCUUUAGAGUUAUUACAGUGAAUCAGUAUGGUUCUGUCAAUUCCAUAAAUGCUUCAUGCAGGGUACAAGAAAAUCAAGGUCAAUCAGCUCCCAAUGUCUCUACCACAGUUGGUGGAACAGUCGGUGGUUUGAUGGUUUUAAUAUUGGUUGUUGUUACAGUGAUCAUCAUCCUAAAACGUCAGAGACAACAUAAUUCAGGUGCAGCUUAA